AUGGCCGAACCUCUCAUCCUGCAAGCCCGCUCCGCCUACCGCGCCCUCCUCCGCGAACUCCCACGCCGCCACCUCUCCUCCCCAUCCCCACUGCAUCAACGCCUGCGCCAGACAUUCCGCACUCCGCAAGAAUCCAGCCCGACCUCCUCCUCUUCCUCAUAUUCUGCUUCUGCUUCUGCUUCUGCUUCUGCUUCUGCUUCUUCAUUUCCUCCUGAGUCUUCUUCUGAGGCUGCAUCAUCAUCGCCAGCCCUCUCCUUCUCCACCCCAACCACACCAGCAGACCUGACCCUCCGUAUCCAAGAAGCCGAACAGCUGGCGCAGUACGCGCGCGCGCAGCGCUCGUACGCGAGUCUGCUGGAGCGCUACAAUCCCGGCAUGAGUCUCGAUGAGGAGGAGCGGAUUCGGUUGACGGCGCGGCGGGUUGGGUUUAAUUUGCCCAAGUUGUAUUCGGAUGGUGUUGUUGACGAGGAGGGGAACCCUAAGACAGAGUCUUGA